AUGGAGGUUCCGGCCACCAGGCCCGAGGUAACGACCACCGGCAUCUACGGUGAGGAGUUGAACAUCGUCCGCCAGCACCUUCUACGCAGCGAAUUAUGCUGGUGUGGGGACCUCACCAGUCGCACCCAGGUGCUUGUUGUCGGCUCGGCUCUCUGUGCCGCAUCUCGCAAGCUGUCGGUGGCACGCAUGCGCGGACUCCCGUGCGUCUCCAUCGAAUGGGCGACAGACGGCGCCUGCGCGAUGGAAUAUACGCACCGCUUUGAUAUCGGUCAUGGAUUGACGGGGAAGGAGGUGAGCACCACAAGCCUGAAUCACCUUGAGCGAGGCCGUGUGCAGGCCGUGUGCGGCGCGCGCCGCGCCACCUACAACUCUAUGCUAACGCGGCACUGUGAGUUGUUGGUUGCAUCAGCAGCGGCGCUCAGCUUGACACUAUCGUCAUCGUCACACACAACGACCUCAAACGACAAAGUCCGGUUCGCGCGGAAGCACGGCAUCCCGAUUAUUCCCAUGAAGGAGUUCGUGCUGCGCUACGCCACCGAGCAGCUCUCCCGUCACCACCUGCCGCCAGAGGAUGCGGUGCCAGGGCGAGCGGCGCACGACGCGUCGUUGCUCAGGGCGUUCAGCCGGGGCAGCAGCGCUGACAGUAGCAACGCUCAUACAGAUGUCGCCUGCGAACUGAAACACAGGACAAGGUGCAGUUCAACUGGUGCCUCCGCAGGCUCUCUUAGCUCGUUGAAUGGCAACAGGGUGCCGGUCUGCGGGUCGGUGCGGUCUGCCACUCCGGCUCUCAGAUCCAGUAUCAUUAGUCAUGGAUGCAGUAUCACCAGCGUGCGAAGGCCUCGCGAUACAGACGGGACGUUUAGGGGUUGCGACAGCAUUACGCUCAGUGCCGUUCAGCCGUCUCUGUCGUCGUCACAACUCAUGCCCACUGCAUCGACAGCGGCCUGCGCCUCCCCGCCAGGGCUCUCUCGGCGUCCACUUGCCGAUGAGUUUUCUGACGUUGUCGCCUACUGCAGCCCUCCACACCGGCUCACAACGCAGCAGCACGACCUGCUGAGUGGCAUGGGAGUCACUGUUUCUCCUCAGUUUACGCCGUUCACGACACAUGUCCUCGUCCUUGGCGACCGCGUGGAGGAGUGCCUCUACCCGCGUCCUGGCCUGCAAGUGGUGUCGUGGCAGUGGGUGACGCAGUGUCGGCUGGAACAGCGCCGACUUUCAUGCGUCGGCUUCCGUGUCGAGUGCGUGUUCCAUCCCGUGGUGACCUUCACAGGCCUUGCACCGGCAGACCGGCACGCGCUCCUCUCAGCACUGCAGCGGUCUGGGCUGCCAGGGAAGGUGCAAGAAGCCCUCGUGCUUGGUGGCAGCGGUGAUGGGCGAUAUGGCAGUGCUUCCAGUCUUUCCCUAGAGCCGGUCAGCAACCCGUACCUCCCGUGCAACACGACGCAUCUUGUGGUACCUCGCGGCCAGCUUCUUUCCUCCCAAAAGGUUGCGGUGCUCGCCCAGCACCACUAUCAGCACUCUUCGUGCCCACGACCGCACCUGUCGGCGCCCUUGACUUUGGCAUCGACAUGCCGCCUCGUCGGGGUGGACUGGGUCUAUCGAUCCAUUCAGCAGGCGCAGUGGCUGGAUGCAGAACUCUUCACGCUGGCAAUUCCGACUCCUGAAGCAUUCGCCCUCGCCAAAACGGUCCGCGCAAACGCCGCACGCACGGCGGUGCCACACAACAGCCAAACUUCCCAGGAAAGCCUCUCAGUGCGGCUGUGCAUCUCUCAACCUUCCUCGGCGUCAGCGACAUCGACAAAUUUCGCUAUGCAGACGCCAGUCUUGCGCCAGCCAUCGCCAUCUCAUCGUCGCUGCCCUCGCUUACAGGACGCGAUUGAAGGCGGCUUGGAGGGGGGUCUAGGGAAGCCGGCGGUGGGAGGAAGAGUAGUGGAAGACGGGGAGGAGGAGGAGGCGGCCUCAUCCCAGCAGCACAGCACAGACGUUGGACGCGCCAACGACACGGCUUCGCCACCCCUACCACCCCACCGCGCGAGGGACGAUGACGACGAGGAAGCCGGUGGCGAGUCCCCGUUGGCGGCAGCAGCGGUGCGGUCUGCACUGCAGGCAAUUCACUCCACCUCUCCCCACCCCUCCGCUGCCCCGUCCCGCUCUGCGCGUUCGCCGUCAGCGACGGGCAAGCAAGAGGGCGGUGCACCCUACGUGAGGGACGAUCCUGCCGUGACGCUGCACCACCACGCCGACCCACCAUUGUCCUCCUACGCCUACCUCACCACCCAGUACACACCAGGUUUUGAGAACCUUCUAGGGGAACUGGAGGCUACUUCAUCAGGAGCGCUGUUCGGGGUGUCCGCGCUGCAUGCCUCGCUUUAUCCUCACCUUCCGGCCUGUACCACAGCCAACGCAUCCGCCGUCUCCGCUCCGCUUGGCGGCGAUAGGGAGGGUCAAGUUCAACGGAGUGGAUCGUGCUCGGCUACCCCGCCGCCCACCGGCGCCGAUCUGUGCGUCGAGCAACGCGCGUUCCUCCGUCGCACCUCCGCGCAGCCGCACGUGAUCCAUCAGCAGCAGCAACUGCUAGGCCGCAUCAUGUCAGAUGAAUCACAGGUCAUUUUUUACCAGAUGGGGCUCGACGAUGACGGUGGUAUUGCCGCAGUCCGGCCAGCAGUUUUGCACGGCAACCCAUAUGCGAUCACCGAAGCCGUAGAGGAUAAGAGGACAGUCAAGGCCGCCAUGCCAUCUGCCAGCUGCGUUGCUGGAGCAGUCACCCAUGUUUACCCCCGCUCCGCCUCCACCUCUGCGGUGUUCCUGAUUACGAAAGACGCGCUCAAGCGCGACUUUGACGCCUUUGCAGAUGCCUUUCCGCACGUUCAACGCACAAGCAAGCCGGAGGAAUGCACACACUUCAUCACAGCAAAGCCGUCCAAGACGGAGCAGUUUCUAUGCUGCCUCGCCGCGGGUCGCUGGAUACUGACGCCUGCGUACGUCACGGCGUGUGCGCAGGCUGGUUAUCUCGUCGGCGAGGUGCCGUUUGAGUGGAGCGCCGAGGUAGCCGCGUCGCUGGGUUGCCGCUCCUCUGUUGCAUCGCUUGCGCGUGGCUGUCGGGUGCAGCGCGAAGCGUCUCAGCUGCCAUUUGCGUCGUGGCAGGUGCGUGUGUGCUGCACUAGUUCCGCCCGCACUGCAAGCUUCCUUCGAGUGCUUCGUAACGGCGGGUGCACGUCUCUCGAGGGCGCCACUGCCGCGGAGGUGAUAGCGGCGUCGAAGGAGCGGGGCAGCGUGCCGCCGUCGUCAACCGAGCUCGUGCUUGCCGAUGAUGCCGUCUUCAGCGAGCGUGAGUUGGAGGACUUUGCAUCGCGUCCCGCGUCCAUCGCGUGCCCUAUCAUGCGUCUGGAGUACUUGGUUCAGUUUCUAUGCGCGCCAGACACGCCGCGGUCUGAGAUGAACUUGCUGCACUGUGCACGGCCACGAAAGCGCAGUCGGGCGGAGGCGGCGGCGACCGAGUAG